ACUCAUUUUCAGUUUCUGGAAAGACGCGAAUAAAGGAGGUUACUUCUGAGUAGCAAUUUUGUAAUUAUCCCUUACUUAUAAACAGAAGCAAAGUAGUAUUUUUAAAUGAAUUAAACAACUUCUACUAUUUCUAAUUUGUUCAAUUCAACAUGGAAUACAUUGCAUACUUUAUUGUUYCAACAAUAAUAAUUAUUCUAUUAUWCAAUUUUAUUAAAUAUUUAAUAAAUAAAUUUCGGGAACAUAAGAUGGUAAAAAAAUGUCCAGGUCCUAAAGCUUAUCCUAUUAUAGGAAAUAUGCAUUUAUUUCUUGGUGAUUUAAAAGAUGUAACUCGUAAAAUAAUACAAUACUCUGCAAUCUAUUCUUCUCCUUGGCAACUCUGGAUAGGAUUAAAAUUAGCCCUAUUCUUCGAUGAUCCUGAAAAUAUUGAAAUUCUUUUGAAAAGCUUAAAAACUGAUGAGAAAAAUUUCAUAUAUAACUUUACUAAAGAUACUUUAGGCGAUGGAUUAUUGACAGCGCCAGCGGUAUUAUGGAAAAUACAUCGAAGAAUACUAGAUAAAAAAUUCAAUGCCAACAUGUUUUCAUAUUAUAUGGAGCCAUUGAAUAAGAAUUCAAAAAGGCUAAUAAACAUUUUAGAAACUAGAAACGGAGAAAACGUAGAUAUAUUUCAUUACGUACAUUUAUGUACGUUGGACAUAAUAUUUGAUAGCCUWUUGGAAUCUGAUUUAAAUUUGCAGAAUACCCUAGACUGCAAACUUGRUAGAUAUGUAAAAGAGUAAUAAUCAAAAGAAAAUUAUUACAUUUAUUAUAUAAUAUAGUAUAACUUUAUAUUUGUCUUCUUAUUAAAUUUUA